UCUUCUUUUAAUCUAUUACUUUAUUGGACACACACUCAAUCUCUUCCAUGAUUUUGUCUGUAGAUCCAGACUGAAGCUCUGUGCCACAGUUUUUAAAAAUACUACAUAUCCCAUCUAUACUCUUUUCCCCUUUCGGGGGGAGAUUCUUCUCUCCUCCUCAUCAAUUUCAAAGGAAACCUCUUUGAACUUUGAGCUUUCUUUGCUCUUUGGUUUUCUCCUUCUCUCUCUCUCUCUCUCUCUCUGCGUCGCACAUGUGGGUUCUUUUAUUUCUGCCUUGGAGGGCAUGUCAACAAUAAAUCUCUGAUUUUUUAUCUCUGGGCCUCAAUCUUGAGAUGAGGUUUAUUAUCAGAACACAUCACAGAGCAUGUCUUGGUUGCUUCUCUGUUCCAUUGUCAGCUUAUCCAUUUAACGACUGUGAACGAGCUUUUCAAUGCUUUCCUGUUUGAGGUCUUCUAUGUCAUUCUAAAUAUAGAGAAGUCAAGUUAUAGAUGUUGAAUUCUUUCCUCAGUUAGAAACAUGGAAUCUGGGAGUGGAUUUUACUCAGAUAAUGAGUUCAAAUUGGAUGCUAAAUGGCUCAUUGAUCCCAAACAGCUCUUUGUUGGGCCAAAAAUUGGAGAGGGUGCUCAUGCCAAAGUAUUCGAGGGCAAGGAAAUGCAAUUGAGCAAAGAGCUGGAUAUAAAAACCAGACUGUUGCCAUUAAAAUUCUUCAUAGAGGGGAAACUCCAGAGGAGAUCACAAAGAGAGAAGCACGAUUUGCAAGAGAAGUUGCAAUGUUAUCAAGGGUUCAACAUAAGAAUUUGGUGAAGUUUAUAGGUGCCUGCAAGGACCCUGUAAUGGUCAUAGUUACUGAGCUUUUAUUGGGAGGGACACUGAGGAAGUACUUGCUGAACAUGAGACCAAGGUGCUUAGACACGCGAGUUGCCAUUGGUUUUGCACUUGACAUCACUCGUGCUAUGGAAUGCUUGCACUCCCAUGGGAUCAUUCACCGUGAUCUGAAACCUGAGAACUUGCUCUUGACCGCAGAUAAAAAGACUGUCAAACUAGCAGAUUUUGGGCUAGCAAGAGAAGAGACAUUAACAGAGAUGAUGACAGCUGAAACAGGAACAUAUCGUUGGAUGGCACCUGAGUUGUACAGCACUGUUACAUUAAGGCAAGGAGACAAGAAACACUAUAACCACAAAGUGGAUGCAUAUAGCUUUGCAAUUGUGUUGUGGGAGCUCUUACACAACAGAUUGCCAUUUGAAGGCAUGUCAAAUCUCCAGGCAGCAUAUGCGGCAGCUUUCAAAAAUGUGAGGCCUAGUGCUGAAAACCUCCCCGAGGAUUUGGCUGUCAUUCUAACUUCAUGCUGGAAGGAGGACCCAAAUUCACGGCCUAAUUUUAGCCAAAUAAUCCAAAUGCUCUUUAACUAUCUUGCUAUUAUUGCUCCUUCUGAACCAGCUAUUCCUCCUCGAAUUUUCACUUCUGAGAACGCCAUCUUGCCACCAGAAUCUCCUGGUACAAGCUCUUUAAUGGCAGUACGAGACGACUGUGGGGAUACUCCCAAAGCAAAGAUGGAAAACCAGCCAAAAGGUUUCUUCUUCUGCUUCAACCAGUGUUAUUAAUCCUCAGCAGCAACAGAAAUGACUAAAACCUUUGUCCAUCCUUGGGGCUAAAAGUGGUUGGAGAAGUUCGGUAGACAAUAGGCACUAGUCUCUGAAGUACAUUUUGAUAACAUAAUAAAUAGUUAAAUUAAUAAAUUUACAUUUUUUAUAGUUAGCAGAGAUAUUGCAAUGAACUUGUCUGCUGAUGCUGCUGAAUUUAGUCACUUGUUAGGAUCACAAUGCUGGGAGAGUAACUUUGUCACCCAUUAGAAGCUUGGGAGAUGGGUUCAUUCUAUGUCUGACUAAAAAUUCAAGAGAAAGGAAACCAACUCCAAAUUUUGUAAGACAAAUAGGGAAAGAAAUAAACAGAGGAGCUCAAUUCGAGUUCCUUGUAAGAAUAAGAGGGGCGAAUAUGUAUCCCUGGUUGUAAAUGGUCUUUCAUUUUGUUCUUAAAGAUGUGCCAGUAGUGAAGAGAAUUUAAGAUUUGGGAUUGCUUGCCUGUUGCUUUA